AUUGACAACACUAAUUGACUGACAAGACAUGGCAAUGUAAAUAAAAAAAUAUUUAAUUUUAUAUCAUAAUUUACAUAUAAAUUUAAUGAAAUAACUAGUAAACUUGUUUACAAAAUGAUUCAAUCUAAAUAACCCAAGUAUAUAAAACCUAUUUGUGUGGCGAUCAAUGGUGGUGAUUGCGGCUAUGUAUCACAGCAAUGAGUGCCGUUUUAGCAAGAUGUAGAGUGAGCUCGGAACAGUUAGACUUAUUGCUUUCGUUUAUGGAAGAGCACCCCGAAUUUGCUGCAGGCAAGCAAUCUAUAUAUUCGCGCUUCAGUUCAAGUAAAUUGUGGCGACUACUUGCCGAACGUUUAAACGCGGCGGCGGCUGAUAGCGGCGGUGCGCGCAAAUCACCGGACAAGUGGUGUCGGUAUUGGGCAGAUAUAAAAUACAAGGCACGCAAGAAGUCUGCUGCAGGAGGAGCCCUGGGAGACCUGUCUAGUGCAGAGGAGCGUCUGCGUAAUAUCCUCAGCACUGGGGGUAGAGAAUUCAACAGCGGCAGACACUGCAGCCACUCAGACGAGGAGCGCAAGCCGUCGCUGCUCGACGACGACAUGUGCUCGGAAGGCUCGACGGGCGGCGGCGCCGGCGGCGGCGGCGCGGGCGGCGACUCGGCGCGCGUCAGCACCGAGGAGGUGCUCGCCGAGGCGGCCAUGCGCAGCGCGCUGGCGGCCGAGAAGCAGGCCGAGGCCGUCACGCAGGCCGUCGACCUGCUGCGCGAGCUGCUGGCGCUGCUGCGCGAGCGGCCCGCGCCCGCGCCCGCGCCCGCGCCGCCCGGCGCCGCGCCGCUGCAGCCGCUGCACGCGCACGCGCACGCCGCGCACGUGCCGCACGCGCCGCACGCGCCGCACGCGCCGCCCGACCACGCGCUCGCGCCCAUGCAGCACCACCACCACCGCCUGUGA